CCCGAAUGCAUUUCCCUAAGGAAACUGAACUUAGCACCGCCUGCGAAAGCUUGGAGGCCCUGUGCAAAACAUCGUGUUGCUCUUCUUGCUCCCUUUCCUCACGGCCUUUACUCUGAAGCGGUUAGCUGCCACACCAAUCCUCUUAAACCCCCAAACAUUUGAGAGUGACAACUUAAGCUGACAACAGUGGCCUCAGGAGGGACUUCUCCUAUAAUGGCGCCUGCGUCAGACACUAACAUGGCGGACACAGUCGUGCGCGGCGCAAACGUCAGCACCUCUACCACAGCGGCUCAGAAACAGCAGAGGAGAGCGAGACCGUGCCCACUGAUUGGCUCGUCACUGGAGCGUGCCGGUCGGGACGCUCCCAUAGGAGCCAAUCAGAAAAGCGAGAGACCGAAUUGGCCGCUGCGCCUCCUCCCGAGGCAUGCUGGGAGCCUGGAGGACUAGCGAGGAGGAGUUGAGAGAACGGAGCGGACGCCAUGGCGACCAACAUCGAGCAGAUUUUUAGGUCUUUCGUGGUCAGUAAAUUCCGGGAAAUUCAACAGGAGCUUUCCAGUGGAAGGAAUGAAGGCCAGCUGAAUGGUGAAACAAAUACACCUAUUGAAGGAAACCAGGCAGGUGAUGCAGCUGCCUCUGCCAGGAGCCUACCAAAUGAAGAAAUAGUGCAGAAGAUAGAAGAAGUACUUUCUGGGGUCUUAGAUACAGAACUACGAUAUAAGCCAGACCUGAAAGAGGCCUCCAGAAAAAGUAGAUGUGUAUCUGUACAAACAGAUCCUACUGAUGAAAUUCCCACCAAAAAGUCAAAGAAGCAUAAAAAGCACAAAAACAAAAAGAAGAAAAAGAAGAAAGAAAAGGAAAAAAAAUAUAAAAGACAGCCAGAAGAAUCUGAGUCAAAGCCGAAAUCUCAUCAUGAUGGGAACAUAGAUUUAGAAUCUGAGUCAUUUCUAAAGUUUGAUUCUGAACCUUCAGCGAUGGCACUGGAGCAUCCUAUAAGAGCAUUUGGCCUGUCUGAGACCAGUGAAUCCCCUGCAGUUGUGCUAGAACCUCCUAUUGUAUCGAUGGAGGUAUCAGAGUCAUACAUCUUAGAAACUCCGAAGCCAGCUAUAAAAACUGCGGAACUGUCAGUUGCGUCCACAUCAGUAAUCUCAGAGCAGUCAGAACAGUCUGUGGCAGUAACGCUGGAACCAUCCACGACAAAGAUUCUAGAUUUCUUUUCAACAGCACCAGUGCCUACUACAACAGUAGUGCAGCAGUCAUCUGAGCCAGUUGUAACAAUGUCAGUGGAGUACCAGAUGAAAUCUAUGCUGAAAUCUUUAGAGAGCACAUCUCCGGAGCCAUCAAAGAUCAUGUUGGUAGAGCCUCCAGUAGCAAAAGUGCUAGAACCAUCAGAAACCUUUGUGGUAUCAUCAGAGACACCUACUGAGGUGCACCCUGAGCCAAGCACAUCAACAACAAUGGAUUUUCCAGAAUCAUCUGCAACUGAAGUGCUAAGAUUGCCAGAGCAGCCUAUAGAAGUACCAUCGCAGAUUGCAGAUUCAUCCAUGACAAGACCGCAGGAGUUGCUGGAGCUGCCUAAGAUCACAGCGUUGGAGCUGCCGGAGUCGUCGGUGGCCUCAGCGAUAGAGUUGCCGGGGCCACCUUCGACCUCCGUGCUGGAGUUGCAGGGGCCCUCUGUGACUCCAGUGCUGGAGUUACCUGGGCCCUCUGCUACCCCAGUGCCAGAGUUGCCAGGGCCCCUUUCUACCCCAGUGCCUGAGUUGCCAGGGCCUCUUGCGACAGCAGUGCCUGAGUUGCCGGGGCCCUCUGUGACACCAGUGCCACAGUUGUCGCAGGAAUUGCCAGGGCUUCCAGCACCAUCUGUGGGGUUGGAGCCACCACAGGAGGUACCAGAGCCACCUGUGAUGGCACAGGAGUUGCCAGGGCUGCCUGCGGUGACAGCAACAGUAGAGUUGCCAGGGCAGCCUGCGGUAACGGUAGCAAUGGAGUUGACCGAACAACCUGUGACGACGACAGAGUUGGAGCAGCCUGUGGGGAUGACAACGGUGGAACAUCCUGGGCAUCCUGAGGUGACAACGGCAACAGGGUUGCUGGGGCAGCCUGAGGCAACGAUGGUGCUGGAGUUGCCAGGACAGUCAGUGGCAACGACAGCGCUGGAGUUGCCGGGGCAGCCUUCGGUUACUGGGGUGUCAGAAUUGCCAGGGCUGCCUUCGGCAACUAGGGCACUGGAGUUGUCAGGUCAGCCUGUGGCAACUGGGGCACUAGAGUUGCCUGGGCAGCUCAUGGCAACUGGGGCACUGGAGUUCUCAGGGCAGCCUGGGGCAGCUGGAGCAUUGGAGCUUUUGGGGCAGCCUCUGGCAACAGGGGUGCUGGAGUUGCCAGGGCAGCCUGGGGCACCAGAGUUGCCUGGGCAGCCUGUGGCAACUGUGGCGCUGGAGAUCUCUGUUCAGUCUGUGGUGACAACAUCGGAGCUGUCAACGAUGACCGUGUCGCAGUCCCUGGAGGUGCCCUCGACGACAGCGCUGGAAUCCUAUAAUACGGUAGCACAGGAGCUGCCUACUACAUUGGUGGGGGAGACUUCUGUAACAGUAGGAGUGGAUCCCUUGAUGGCCCAAGAACCCCAUAUGUUAGCUUCUAACACCAUGGAGACCCAUAUGUUAGCAUCCAACGCCAUGGACUCCCAAAUGCUAGCAUCCAACGCCAUGGACUCCCAGAUGCUAGCGUCCAACGCCAUGGACUCCCAGAUGUUAGCCUCUAGCACUAUGGACUCCCAGAUGUUAGCAACCAGCUCCAUGGACUCCCAGAUGUUAGCAACCAGCUCCAUGGACUCCCAGAUGUUAGCAACCAGCUCCAUGGACUCCCAGAUGUUAGCAACCAGCUCCAUGGACUCCCAGAUGUUAGCAACCAGCUCCAUGGACUCCCAGAUGUUAGCAACCAGCUCCAUGGACUCCCAGAUGUUAGCAACCAGCUCCAUGGACUCCCAGAUGUUAGCAACCAGCUCCAUGGACUCCCAGAUGUUAGCAACCAGCUCCAUGGACUCCCAGAUGUUAGCAACCAGCUCCAUGGACUCCCAGAUGUUAGCAACCAGCUCCAUGGACUCCCAGAUGUUAGCAACCAGCUCCAUGGACUCCCAGAUGUUAGCAACCAGCUCCAUGGACUCCCAGAUGUUAGCAACCAGCUCCAUGGACUCCCAGAUGUUAGCAACCAGCACCAUGGACUCCCAGAUGUUAGCAACUAGCUCUAUGGACUCCCAGAUGUUAGCAUCUGGCACCAUGGACUCUCAGAUGUUAGCUUCUGGCACCAUGGAUGCUCAGAUGUUAGCGUCUGGUACCAUGGAUGCCCAGAUGUUAGCGUCUAGUACCCAAGAUUCUUCUAUGUUGGGUUCAAAAUCUCCUGACCCUUACAGGUUAGCUCAGGAUCCUUACAGGUUAGCUCAGGAUCCCUAUAGGUUGGGUCAUGACCCCUACAGAUUAGGUCAUGAUGCUUACAGGUUAGGACAGGACCCCUAUAGAUUAGGCCAUGAUCCCUACAGACUAACUCCUGAUCCCUAUAGGAUGUCACCUAGACCCUAUAGGAUAGCACCUAGGUCCUAUAGAAUAGCACCCAGGCCAUACAGGUUAGCACCGAGACCCCUGAUGUUAGCAUCUAGACGUUCUAUGAUGAUGUCCUAUGCUGCAGAACGUUCUAUGAUGUCAUCUUAUGAACGUUCUAUGAUGUCAUAUGAGCGGUCCAUGAUGUCCCCUAUGGCUGAGCGUUCUAUGAUGUCGGCCUAUGAGCGCUCUAUGAUGUCAGCCUAUGAGCGCUCUAUGAUGUCCCCUAUGGCUGAGCGCUCUAUGAUGUCAGCUUAUGAACGCUCUAUGAUGUCAGCUUAUGAGCGCUCCAUGAUGUCACCAAUGGCUGAUCGAUCUAUGAUGUCCAUGGGUGCUGACCGGUCUAUGAUGUCGUCAUACUCUGCUGCUGACCGGUCUAUGAUGUCAUCGUACUCUGCAGCUGACCGAUCUAUGAUGUCAUCUUAUACUGCUGAUCGUUCAAUGAUGUCUAUGGCAGCAGAUUCUUACACUGAUUCUUACACUGAUACAUACACAGAGGCAUAUAUGGUGCCACCUUUGCCUCCUGAAGAGCCCCCAACUAUGCCACCUUUGCCACCCGAGGAGCCACCUGUGACGCCACCAUUGCCUCCUGAGGAACCACCAGAGGGUCAGGCAUUACCCACUGAGCAGUCAGCAUUAACAGCUGAAAAUACUUGGCCUACAGAGGUGCCAGCAUUACCUACUGAAGAGUCUGUAUCACAACCUGAGCCUCCUGUUAGUCAAAGUGAGAUUUCAGAGCUUUCAGCAGUGCCUGCUAAUUAUUCAGUAUCUGCACCAGAGCUUUCUGUGUUAGCGUCAGAGGCUGCCGUGACUGUUCCAGAACCACUAGAGCCAGAGUCUUCAGUUACAUCAACACCUGUAGAGUCUGGUGUAGUAGCAGAAGAACAUGAAAUUGUUCCAGAGAGACCAGAGAUUUCUAUGGUGUCCGAAACUCCCAUAGUGUCAGCUGAACCAACUGAGUUAACAUCAGAGCCUCCUAUUAUAUCAGAGACAGCAGAAAUAUUUGAUUCCUUGAGGGCUUCAGGACAUACUGUUUCAGAGGUUUCUACAUCCUUGCUGGAGCCAGCAGUAACCAUUCCAGAGCCAGCAGAGAGCAGCAUUCUGGAACCGCCAGCCAUAGCUUCCCUGGAGCCUCUGGCCAUGGCUGCCUCAGAGCCUCUUGCCAUGGCUGUCCCAGAGCCCCCAGCCAUGGCUACCCUAGAGCCCCUAGCUGUGGCUGUCCCGGAGCCCCCGGCCAUGGCUGCCCCGGAGCACCUGGCCGUGGCUGCCCCGGAACCUCUGGCCAUGGCUGCCCCAGAACCUCUGGCCGUGGUUGUCCCGGAACCUCUGGCCGUGGCUGUCCUUGAACCUCUGGCUGUGGCUGAGCCAGAGCUUGUUAACAUUCCUGUGCCAGUCGUUUCUGCCCUGGAGCCUGCUGUGCCUGUCCUGGAACCAGUGGCGUCAGUCCUUCAACCUGCUAUAAUUGUUUCAGAACCAUCUGUUUCUUUCCAGGAAUCCACUGUGACAAUUUCAGAGCCUGCUGUUACUGUCUCAGAGCAGACUCAGGUAAUAUCAACUGAGAUAGUUUUAGAAUCUGCAUCAAUGAUACUGGAGUCCAGUGUUAUAUCUUCAUCACAUGUUAUGAAAGGAAUGAAUUUACUGUCUGGUGAUCAAAAUCUUGCUCCAGAGAUAGGCAUGCAGGAGAUUCCAUUGCAUUCAGGUGAAGAGACACAUGCUGAAGGAUACCAGAAAAGUGACUCUUACGAAAGUGAACAUGGUAUGACUAUAGAUCUUAAUAUAAAUAAUCAUUUAAUUGCUAAAGAGGUAGAACAUAAUACAGUGUCUGCUGCUAGCACUGAUCCUGUUGGUGAAAUUGGUGCAGAGAACAUUUUACCCCGCAAUGAGACUAAACAAUGCACAGUAUUGGAUACCUGCCCUGGUGUUAAUGAAAUUGAUGGAGGAACUCUAUCUUCUACUGGUCCUCUUGCUCUGGAACCUGAUGCAACAGAAAUUAGUAAGGAUAUUGAAUUUAUCACAUCAUCUGCUCUCAGUUUAGUUAAUAAAUAUGAUGUUGAAGAAUCUUUAACUACUCAAGAUACUGAACAUGACAUGAUAAUUUCCACCAGCCCCAGUGGUGGUAGUGAAGCUGACAUAGAGGGACCUUUGCCUGCUAAAGACAUUCAUCUUGACUUACCAACUAAUCUUGUUAGUAAGGGUACAGAAGAACCAUUACCUGUGAAAGAGAGUGACCAGACAUCAGUUGUUCUCAGCCCUAAAGAAAGUAGUGGAGAAGAUGAAGUACCUCUCUCUACUAAAGAGAUACCAUCUGAUUCAGGAUUUUCUGCCAAUGUUGAUGAUAUUAAUGAAGCAGAUUUAGUGAGACCCUUACUUCCCAAGGACAUGGAACGUCUUACAAGCCUUAGAGCUGGUCUUGAAGGACCUUUACUUGCAAGUGAAGUUGAACGUGACAAAUCUGUUGCCAGUCCAGUUGUAACUAAUAUACCAGAAAGAGCUUCAGAGUCUUCUUCAGAGGAAAAGGAUGAUUAUGAAAUUUUUGUUAAAGUUAAGGACACACAUGAAAAAAGCAAGAAAAAUAAGAACCGUGACAAAGGUGAGAAAGAGAAGAAAAGAGAUUCUUCAUUAAGAUCUCGAAGUAAGCGUUCCAAGUCUUCUGAACACAAAUCACGCAAGCGUACCAGUGAGUCUCGUUCCAGGGCAAGGAAGAGAUCAUCUAAGUCUAAGUCUCAUCGCUCUCAAACACGGUCACGGUCACGGUCGCGACGCAGGAGGAGGAGCAGCAGGUCAAGAUCAAAGUCUAGAGGAAGGCGAUCUGUAUCAAAAGAGAAGCGCAAAAGAUCUCCAAAGCACAGAUCCAAGUCCAGGGAAAGAAAAAGAAAAAGAUCAAGCUCCAGGGAUAACCGGAAAACAGUAAGAGCUCGAAGUCGCACCCCAAGCCGUCGGAGUCGGAGUCACACUCCGAGUCGUCGAAGAAGGUCUAGGUCUGUGGGUAGAAGAAGGAGCUUCAGCAUUUCCCCGAGCAGACGGAGCCGCACCCCCAGCCGCCGGCGGAGCCGCACUCCCAGCCGGCGGAGCCGCACCCCUAGCCGGCGGAGCCGCACCCCCAGCCGGCGGAGCCGCACCCCUAGCCGGCGGAGCCGCACCCCCAGCCGACGGAGAAGAUCAAGGUCUGUGGUAAGAAGACGAAGCUUCAGUAUAUCACCAGUCAGAUUAAGGCGAUCAAGAACACCCUUGAGGAGAAGGUUUAGUAGAUCACCCAUCCGUCGUAAAAGAUCCAGGUCUUCUGAAAGAGGCAGAUCACCCAAACGUCUGACAGAUUUGGAUAAGGCUCAAUUACUUGAAAUAGCCAAAGCUAAUGCAGCUGCCAUGUGUGCUAAGGCUGGUGUUCCUUUACCGCCAAACCUAAAGCCUGCACCUCCACCUACAAUAGAAGAGAAAGUUGCUAAAAAGUCAGGAGGAGCUACUAUAGAAGAACUAACUGAGAAAUGCAAACAGAUCGCACAGAGUAAAGAAGAUGAUGAUGUAAUAGUGAAUAAACCUCACGUUUCGGACGAAGAGGAAGAGGAACCUCCUUUUUAUCAUCAUCCCUUUAAACUCAGUGAACCCAAGCCCAUUUUUUUCAAUCUGAAUAUUGCUGCAGCAAAGCCAACUCCACCAAAAAGCCAGGUAACAUUAACAAAAGAAUUUCCUGUGUCAUCUGGAUCUCAGCAUCGAAAAAAAGAAGCAGAUAGUGUUUAUGGAGAGUGGGUUCCUGUAGAGAAAAAUGGUGAAGAAAACAAAGAUGAUGAUAAUGUUUUCAGCAGCAAUUUGCCUUCGGAGCCUGUGGACAUUUCAACUGCAAUGAGUGAACGGGCACUUGCUCAGAAAAGACUCAGUGAGAAUGCAUUUGACCUUGAAGCCAUGAGCAUGUUGAAUCGGGCUCAGGAACGGAUUGAUGCCUGGGCUCAGCUGAACUCUAUUCCUGGCCAGUUCACAGGAAGUACGGGAGUACAGGUUCUGACACAAGAACAAUUGGCUAAUACUGGUGCCCAAGCCUGGAUUAAAAAGGAUCAGUUCUUAAGAGCAGCCCCGGUAACUGGAGGAAUGGGAGCCGUUUUGAUGAGAAAAAUGGGCUGGAGAGAAGGAGAAGGAUUAGGAAAAAACAAAGAAGGAAAUAAGGAACCUAUCCUAGUUGAUUUUAAGACAGACCGAAAAGGUCUUGUUGCAGUAGGAGAAAGAGCACAAAAGAGGUCUGGGAACUUCUCUGCUGCAAUGAAAGAUCUAUCAGGCAAACAUCCUGUGUCUGCUUUGAUGGAAAUCUGUAAUAAGAGAAGGUGGCAACCACCUGAAUUUCUCUUGGUCCAUGACAGUGGCCCUGAUCAUCGCAAACAUUUUCUCUUUAGGGUAUUGAUAAAUGGAAGCGCUUACCAGCCCAGCUUUGCCAGCCCUAAUAAGAAGCAUGCUAAAGCCACAGCAGCUACUGUGGUUCUUCAAGCAAUGGGCCUUGUACCAAAGGACCUCAUGGCUAAUGCCACUUGCUUCAGGAGUGCCUCACGUAGAUAGAUUGAGGUUUUAUAUUAAUCAUUUCAGAUAAUUUUACUCUGCAUCACAAUGUAUUUCCUCUUUAAUGUUGUAAAUAUUUGGCAAUUUAAGACAUUGUGUAAAAAACAAUCUGUACAAACAUCUCCAGGCUUUGAUUUUUGUACCAUGGAAAUUGUAUUUAACCAUACAGGGUUUUGGUAUGUUUAUAUUGUUUACCUUAGUGAUGUAUUUGUUUAAGUGGCUAACAUCCAAACGAUUGUUUGAAGGCAUCAGUAAUAUUCAGUGUGGAAUGUUAAAUAACGCUUUUAUACUGUAUUUUGUACUAUGAUGUAACUCCCCUUCCUUAUGGCUAGGCUGCUGUAACACUUGCCUGUAAUCAGUGAAGGGCUGUGCACCUUGUACUAUUUCACAAUGGGUUCUGCUGGACAGAUACUGGGCCAGUGUUAUUGAGGUAAUCAAGCAAGAUCUGUUCCACAGGGCUAAUUGCCACGAUCUCCCCUUAAAAUUUUGUAGAGGUUAUAAAAAAGUGGUAUGUUUUGUGUGAUGAACAGCACUAAGUCCUGCGUUCCUGUUAAAGCCACUUGAGUCAUAAGAAGGGAGUUAAAAUGAAGUCUGACUAGAAUUCUACUGCAGAGGCCAAGUACAUUUAGUAUGGCAUUGAGUUGUGAUAUAGUUUUACUUUGAUGUGCAUUUUGAACUUCAGCUACACCUAGAUAGACAUAAAAUAAUAAUAAAAAUGCUGUAACCAUCUUAUCUAAUAAAAUUGGCAACAGCCACUAUUUUGUUGACUAUGAGAAAGUUUAAAUUUAUGUUAAUUUUUAGGGUCUGAUAGAAUAUUUCAUGUGUAUUACAGUGGUAUUCAUAUGCUAUGUCUCUAAACUUUAUUUUCAAAAGCUUAAGGCCCAAAUACAAACUUCUCUGAAAUAAA